AACAAAACAUCUAAUGUUAUAUUAAAGCCAGCAGUGUUGACAAAAAAUUGUCAACAACAUACUAAGACACGUACUAAUAUACAAAACACUAAAUACACUGAACGCCACUGUACAACCAUUUACAUUCUACUUUCUGCGCACAGUCUGUGGCGACAUGAUGCUCUCAAACACAAACAACACGGUGUACGAACGCUGCGCAUCGAUCUACAUAUUAUAAACCAGAAAGAGCUUUAUUUGGAAAUGAAAUCUAGAUCAACGAAUCUGCGCGUUUCCGGUUGAAAGCAUUCACAUGCGCCGAAUUAGUGCAUCCAGCGGGAAGUUGUAGUGAUAAUGUGGGUUUCUGUGAGAUAAAUAAUACUGUUAGCUGAUAAAGUAUCCAGUAAACGUUGUAGUUAGUAAUUAAGCGACGUAUAAAAGUAAGGCUAAAAUGAUAAAACUGUGUUCACACUGUACAGGUUGGUUAGCUAACUAACAUUCAGACAUUUCACAUGAAAGUCCAUUAUUUCAGUCCUCUGCCUGUAAGUCCAUUAGGAAGUGGUAGUAGCUCUGUAGCUGCCUCAGAACGAUGACAGAGUCUUGCUCUGAGCCAGCCAGAGCCAUCAGGGCCAUUGAUAAACACUCAGUGCAUCAGAUCUGCUCUGGACAGGUGGUGUUGACUUUGGCAACAGCUGUGAAAGAGCUGGUAGAGAACAGCAUCGACGCGGGCGCUACACAAGUUGACAUCAAGCUCAAAGAGAACGGGACAGAGCUGGUGGAAGUCUCUGAUAACGGACGAGGUGUGGAGGAGGAGAACUUUGAAGGCCUAACUUUAAAGCACCACACAUCGAAACUGAGAGAUUUCUCCGACUUAAUUCAUGUUGAGACAUUUGGCUUCCGUGGUGAAGCCCUGAGCUCGCUGUGUGCUCUCAGUGACCUCAGCGUGGUGACCUGUCAUGAAAGUAGUCAUGUGGGCACUCGGCUCGUCUUUGACCACAAUGGCCGUCUUGUCCAGCGAGCCCCCCAUCCCCGGCAGCAGGGGACCACCGUCAGCCUUCAGCAGCUCUUCUCCACCCUACCAGUUCGUCACAAAGAGUUUCAGCGCAACAUCAAAAAGGAAUUUUCUAAGAUGGUCCAUGUCCUGCAGUCAUACUGCAUCAUCUCUACUGGUGUGCGCAUCACAUGCACUAAUCAGCUUGGCCAAGGCAAGCGUAACACAGUAGUGUGCACCAGCGGGAGCCACAGCUUGAGGGACAACGUUGGAGCGCUGUUUGGGCUGAAACAGCUCCAGAGUCUACUUCCUUUUCAGCAAAUAUCUCCCAAUGAGAGUGUUAAAGAGGAUUAUGGCUUAACUGGCGAAGAACUUCCUAAAGACCUUUUCACGAUCUCUGGUUACAUAUCACAAGCUGAUCACGGUGUGGGACGAAGUGCAACUGACCGGCAGUUUUUCUUUAUUAACAAAAGGCCCUGUGAUCCAUCCAAGGUUUCCAAGCUUGUAAAUGAAGUCUACCACAUGUUCAACCGUCAUCAGUACCCAUUUGUUGCUCUAAACAUUUCUGUUGCUUCAGAAUGCGUCGACGUCAACGUCACGCCUGAUAAGCGUCAGGUAUUUCUGCAGGAGGAGAAGCUAUUGCUUGCCAUCCUGAAGAGCUCUCUCAUCGCCAUGUAUGAGACUGGAGUCAAUAAAAUCAGUCUCAAUCUCACACCACUAAUCACAGGCAUUUCUUCCAGAAAUAGUGAUUCUGCUGAUAGUUCAGAAGGUCAUCGAAAAGCUUCGCUGACCAGAUUGACUUCAGAAGUUGAUUCAGAGACUUUGACACAGACCCCAAAGACAUCUUUUAACUUAGCUGGACUAAAGGCAGCAUUUUCAAAACAGCAGGUUACUGAAAUUGGGACGAAGACCUCUAACAAUAAAAUUGUGCAUAAUGUUCCAGCUCCAAAAAAGAUGCAGUCUUUUUUCCAUUGCUCAGAAAAGACUAACUACAGCAGAUCACCAGAUACUGCUUCAGAAAAAGCAGCUUCACCACUGAAAGCUUUUAAAUCAGACUUAACCAAGCAUGAGCACAAGUUGGACAUGGAGGCAGAUUCAGGUAUGUCUGAGCAAGGCUCCAUCACAGAAACCCCAGAGACUGUGUGUGGAAGCAGUUCUGAGUUCAACUCUCCAGACUUGGUUUUAGAGGAACCUGGCAUUAAAACCGAGCCUUACAGUGAGUCUGUAGAUGAGGUGCAUGAUGUUUUAGAAACCUCAGAGCAAGAGACGGUGUCUGUUAUUGACCCUGGAAGAAUUUCUAGUCCCAAGGCAAAAAAAUAUAGGUGGGAUGAUGGGUUAUCAGAACAGCCCCAACUGCCAUCCUCAAGUGCGAGCGGUACUUCCUGUGGACUGUUUGACAAACCGGUCAGAGUGCAGAAGAAAACCGUGCCUUUGCAGUUUUCAAUGACUGAGCUGAUUAAAAGGAUGGAGAAACUAAAGACCCAGCAAAGAGGCCAGAAUGAUCAGGAGCCAAAAUAUAGACUCUUCAGGGCAAAGAUUAACCCUGGUGAAAACCAGAGUGCAGAGGAUGAGCUGAAGAAAGAGAUAAGCAAGGACAUGUUUAAGGAGAUGGAGGUCAUUGGUCAGUUCAACCUGGGUUUUAUCAUUACCAAGUUAAAGUCAGAUCUUUUUAUUAUCGACCAGCACGCCACGGACGAAAAGUACAACUUUGAGAUGCUACAACAGCAUACUGUCCUAAAUGGACAGAGACUUAUAAUUCCACAGAACCUCCACCUUCCUGCUGCAAGUGAAACGAUACUGAUUGAAAAUCUCGAAAUCUUCAAGAAAAAUGGUUUUGACUUCCUCAUUGAUGAGAAUGCACCAGUCAUGGAGAGAGUGAAGCUGAUAUCUGUACCUACAAGUAAGAACUGGACUUUUGGCCCAGGUGACAUUGAGGAGCUCAUCUUCAUGCUUAGUGACAGUCCUGGAGUCAUGUGCAGGCCUUCUCGAGUCAGGCAGAUGUUUGCAUCAAGAGCUUGCCGCAAAUCAGUAAUGAUUGGGACUGCGCUGAAUACCAGUGAAAUGAAGAAGCUCGUGGUCCACAUGGGGGAAAUCGAACAGCCUUGGAACUGUCCUCACGGCAGGCCGACCAUGAGGCACCUGCUCAACCUUGAUGUCAUUUCUCAGGACUGAUGCAUGAUGAAAUAUGUGAUUGCUGUAUUCAGUAGCAAUUCCAGCUGGAGCACAUUUGUGUAUAUAUGGUUUCCUGUAUAGACUGAAACACACACACACACACACACUCACACUGUACUGCCGUUUUAAUCUUUGUCAUUGCAGUGUGUUGUAUGUAAACAUUUCAUUCAACUUUCUAUCAUCCCUUCAUCUUAUUACGAAUUGUUUUUACAUGAGGAUUUCUUUUAUUUGUGCAUUUAAUAAAUAAAGAGCACUUCUCAG